CUCAGGUAAUAUGGCCGCGCUUAUUCAGCACGCUGCGAGGCGACUCUCUCGAAAUGUUGCAACAUUUAGGCAUGCUUGUGCUUGCAUGUACAGUACUGGGGAAAUGGGAAGUGGUGCUGGAAAGGGAGGUGGUGGUGGCGGUUCAAUAAGAGAGGCAGGUGGUGCAUUUGGUCAGAUGGAAGCUGCAAGAGAGGAACAAUAUUUCAGGAGAUUGCAAGAAAAGCAGCUUAAAUCAUUAAAAAGUGCACACGAUGAGGAGAUCUUCUUCCAUGAGCAAGCUAUAAAGCGCCAUCAAGAUGCCAUUGCCCGGCACAAGAGAAAACAAGCGAGCAUUCAAGAAGAUGAAAGUGAUCUUAAAUCAUAAUUUUAAUUCCUGAAUUAUGAAACAUUUACUAUGAAUUUGGAGCAAUUUUUGCAGUGUGUUUGAACUGAUUCUGUUCAUAUUUUGAAUAAAUAAAUUUAACGAUUUAUUUGUCUGACUAUAA